AUGGCAACUCCACCACCAGUAAUAAUCGUCGGCUCCGGCCUAGCCGCGCUCUCCGCCGCCAGCACCCUGAUAUCACACCGCAUCCCGGUGCAGAUGCUCGACCGCGCCCCCAAACCAGGCGGCAACUCCAUCAAAGCCUCCUCAGGAAUUAACGGCGCCGGAACAAGGUUCCAAGGCAACGACGACAAUGCCGAUGUCUUCUUCCAAGACACAAUCAAGUCCGCUGGCGACGCAUUGACAGAAGCAAGUAGCGACGAGCGCGCCCGGCGGGAGAAGCUUAUUUCCACCCUUGCGUCUCGCUCUGCAGACGCAGUGCACUGGCUCGUUGAUGAGAAGGGGGUUGAUCUCAGUCGAGUCGCGCAAUUGGGUGGUCAUAGCUUCCCGCGGACGCAUCGGGGGGCGGGGCGGGACCCGCCCGGUUUUUCGAUUGUGGGGGCGUUGCUUAAGGAGUUGAAAGGGGAGGAGUUGUUUAGCCUGCGGAGCGGGGCUAGAGUUACGCGGGUGGUAAAGGAGGGGGAGUGCGUUAAGGGGGUGGAGUAUGUUACUGUUGAGGGUGGAGGUGGACAGCAAGGGAAGGAACAGACGGAGAAGCACACGCUCAGCGGACCGGUGAUUUUUGCUACGGGUGGGUUUGCGGGUGAUUCUAGGGGUAUGCUGGCGCGGUAUCGGCCUGAUCUGGCUAACUACCCGUCGACCAAUGAGGCGAGGGAGGGGACGCAGCCGAUUCUCGAAGAGGUGGGUGCGUCGGUGGUGGAUAUGGACUGCGUGCAGGUUCAUCCGACUGGGUUCGUGGAUCCCAAGGAUCCGGCUGCGUUGGUCAAGAUCCUAGCGGCGGAGAUGCUCCGCGGCGAGGGUGGAAUCCUGCUUAAUGGCGAUGGAAGCCGGUUCGUGAAUGAGCUGGAGACCCGUCAACAUGUUGUUGACGCGAUUGUGAAGUCGACCUGUCGGACGGAGACAACUACGCGCCAGUGGGAUGUGACGCUUGUACUUGAUGAGAGCGCCGCGGCGGCCGCGGGCUCGCAUAUGGACUUUUACGUCUGGAAGGGACUCAUGAAGAAGAUGACAGUCGGAGAGCUCGGAUUGACGGCGGUCAAGACCCUCCAGGAGUAUGGGGAUGUUGUGUCCGGCCAGAAAAAGGAUCCAUUCGGCCGUAAAUCAUUUGGUCACUGGAAAUUGACUGAAGUAAUGCCAGAGUACGAGGUGUAUGCUGGACAGGUCACGCCUGUCAUUCAUUUUACGAUGGGGGGAGUGGUCAUUGAUGAGCAUAGCAGGGUGAUAGGUGCAGAAGGGACCCCAAUAGAAGGGCUUUGGGCUGCAGGGGAGGUGACCGGCGGCGUCCAUGGCCAGAACCGCCUGGGAGGGUCGUCUUUGCUGGAGUGCGUGGUCUUUGGACGUAUAGCAGGGAAUGAGGCGGCAGCGUGGCACAAGGAACACUAUUCCGAGAGUUCCUCUGUUGCCUGA